AUGGAAUUGCAAAAUCUGCCGAGACACCACUAUCUUCAACCACAUUGUAUCAACUCCCAGUUCGUAGAUCAAACAAAAACAUCAAGUCCAACCCAGCCAAAGUGCUUGCAACUAUUGGGUUGUCCCAAAAGGAAUACCCGUGGCGGGUUCGAAACAAAUGAAAGCGGAGAAACGAGCUUGAACUGGGAUUCAGCUUAUAGAAGUAAUCUGGCCUGA